AUGUUCUCAUCCUUACUGGAGACGGCCCGGAACUCACCGUUCCGAGGCCCAUUGAGCGGAGCCCAGUGUGAAGCACCUACACAAGCUAUGGCUGCGUCUUCAGCGGUCCCACCCUCCGGAGACUCGUGCGAGUUUGGUUCCAGCAAAUACUUUGCUCUUUGCGGACUUGGUGGAAUCCUCUCUUGCGGUAUCACACACACAGCCGUGGUGCCUCUCGAUCUGGUGAAAUGUCGUCUCCAAGUCGACCCUGAUAAGUACAAAAAUGUCCUGAACGGUUUCAAAGUGUCCGUCCGUGAGGAGGGUAUGAGAGGCCUCGCUAAGGGCUGGGCACCAACCUUCAUCGGAUACUCACUUCAGGGUCUCUGCAAGUUCGGUCUCUAUGAAGUCUUCAAAGUGGGUUACUCGGGUAUGUUAGAUGAGGAAGCAGCUUAUAGUUACCGUACUUUUGUAUAUCUGGCUGCAUCAGCUUCAGCUGAGUUCUUCGCUGAUAUUGCCCUCUCACCAUUAGAAGCUGCCAAGGUCAGAAUCCAGACUAUGCCUGGAUUUGCAAACACUCUCCGUGAAGCCUGGCCAAAGAUGGUGCAAAAUGAAGGUUACGGCACUUUCUACAAGGGAUUAGUACCACUUUGGGGAAGACAGAUCCCUUACACCAUGAUGAAGUUCGCCUGCUUCGAGAAAACACUAGAAAUCCUAUAUAAGUACGUAGUACCCAAACCCCGUGAACAAUGUACAAAGGGAGAGCAACUGGUUGUAACAUUUGCCGCUGGAUACAUCGCUGGUGUGUUCUGUGCCAUCGUGUCACAUCCUGCUGACACUGUCGUCUCCAAACUUAACCAGGACAAGACAGCGACUGUCGGCUCUAUUGUUGGUAAACUGGGUUGGGCCGGAGUAUGGAAGGGACUCGGACCUAGGAUCAUUAUGAUUGGUACACUCACCGCUCUACAAUGGUUCAUAUAUGAUGCUGUUAAGGUAUACCUGAGAAUGCCUCGGCCACCACCAGCGGAAAUGCCAGAGUCCAUGAGGAAGAGACUCGAGGCUGAAGAAGCUGCUAAGUCUAAGUAA